GCAAUGUUUUCGUGCAAUAGGAUGCCCAUUUCUGUAGGACUUCCGGUUUUGAGGAGUUUUGGUUCGUCGUCUUUGUUGCCUUGUUCGUCAAAACGAGUAUUGUACAAUUCCUUGUUUUGUUGUGGCAAAAAAAAAUUGAAAUGUAAGUGGAGUAGGGCUGGUCUUCGAGUGAGUAUGAGUACAAACAAAAACUAUCCUGUAAAUGAACGUGAAAAUGUUUCUGAGUCUGAAUUUGUAGAAGUGAUUGGCAUUGGCAGUAGAAAGGACGCGCUUCUCGACUUUUGUUUAGAAUCUCCUCUCCGCUCCUCCUCCCUUCGCUUCUGGAAUAUUUUAAUGAAUGAUAUAUCAGAUGUGCGAUUACGACAAAGGUUUCUUGGACAAGACUUAACACCAAAGAUUGUGGAAGCUUCACUAUUCUUACAGUCACGUUCAAAGGCUAUUAUCCUUGUCGCUAGUGCAGGAUAUGGCCUAGAUCACAUUGCAGUUGUUGAAAUUCUCAAAACUAUUAAAUCUAUAAAUGGAUUUGCCAUUGCUAUUGUUCUAAAGCCUUUCAGCUUUGAAGGACAAAGGCGCAUUGACGAGGACUUGGUUACCCUAGAUGAGGCUUUAAACACUGCAAAUGAUGCUGUUUUGUUGGCUAUAAAUGCCGUCUCUGUUCUAACAUCUGAUUUGCAGAGAAAGCUAAUUGAUGUACCACAUAAUAAUGUGAGGGAACUCAAAGUUUCAGAAGUUUUAAAAAUUCUGGGAAACUUCAAAGAAGCUAAAAUUGGAUUUGGAGCUGGUUCCCACAUCAAAACUUCAAUUUUGCAAGCUAUAUAUGACUGCCCUUUCAUUGGUGCUGGUUUAAAGGAAUUGAAUGGCAUGGUGAUAUGCAUCGUUGCAAGUUCAGAGCUUAUUGAUGAGGAUGAUAUACUAGGCUAUUUGCAUACUUUCCGUCAAACUAUUGAAUACACAAGGGAAAUCAUUAUAUCUUCUGUUCAUGAACCUAAUCUGGAGUCCAACCUGCUAAUAACAACAGUUGUUACACUAGGUUCUCUUGAACAGCAGGCCUCGCACAAAAGCAGCAUUUUAUCUAGAUUGGCUCUUCAUUUUCCCUUUGUUUCUAAUUUAUGGCGGAGAUCCCAUCCAAAAGCAAACAAUACUCAAGGAAAAAAUGCAAUUGAGGAUGCAUGCCUUCCUAAAGUGAUUAGUUCACCAGAACCUGGUGAAAUGGAAAAUAUUAUUGCUGUCAUGGAAAGAUUUAACUACUCUGAAGAAGCACAGACAGUAUUGGGCAAUGACAACUAUAAUGAUUCCAGUGUGUCUGGACAAAGCAAAGCUGAAUUAUUUGAUCCCAGGACUGAGCCUUCCAACUUCUAUGAUCAAAUUACGGAAGGAACUCCUUCCUUCCAAAGAGAACCGCUCGAUGGUUGGAACUUGGGACCUGGAUAUCGGACUGCACAAAAGUGGGCUAGAGAAAGGGCAGCUGACUCUGGGUCUACCUCAACACUUGAUAACCUGAGUAUCUUCUGCCUUCCUGUUGGUGUAAGACUGUCAGAGGAGUUUAAAGACAGGGCCAGUAUAUUAAAUAUUUCAAAACUGCAAGAGCCAAAGACUGGAGAUGAUGUUAAAGCACUACCACUAGUUAGGGACUUAUAUAGCACCGCCUCUUCCCUUUUGAAGGGAAGAACUGCUGAUGGUCAAAAGAAAAAAGGAGGCCUUUCGAGUCGUGCAGCAUCUAUGCUGGAGGCUGAACGUGAUUCACCAAAAAAGUGGACUCCUGUGAUAGAGAUGCAGUACAGAGGAGGAGUCUAUCAGGGACGAUGCCAAGGAGGUCUUCCUGAAGGAAAGGGUUGUUUGAUCCUUGUUAAUGGAAGCAUAUAUGAUGGUAUGUGGCGUUAUGGUAAGAAAUCAGGUCUGGGUACAUAUUACUUCAGUAAUGGAGAUGUAUUUCAGGGUUCAUGGAGAGAUGAUGUCAUGCAUGGAAAGAUAAUGCUGAAGUGUUUAUUAUCUGUGGUCACGAAGGGUUGGUUCUAUUUCCACACUGGGGAUCGAUGGUUUGCAAACUUCUGGAAGGGGAAGGCCAAUGGUGAGGGCCGCUUCUAUUCAAAGUCUGGUGAUGUUUUUUUCGGUCAUUUCCAAGAUGGAUGGCGACAUGGCCACUUCCUUUGCAUUGAUGUUGCUGGAGAAAGAUGCAUUGAAAUAUGGGAUGAAGGUGUUCUUGUAAGCCGUAAGCAGUUGGACUCUAAUACUCUUGCUGAAUAAUUUCUGUACUGUUCAUUCGUUUCUUUUCUUUCCCUUGUAUAGUAGGUAGAUUUUAUAAGAAAUAGCAAGAGAAAUUGUGAAAGAAACGUCUGAAAACUGGUCUCUAGUAUCACAUUUUUGCUCAAAAACCAUCUUCAUAUAAAAUGUAUAGUUUUCAAUGCCUAGCAAAUUUUUUUUUUUUUUCCCUGACAUUCAU